CGAGUGUUUUGUUCUGUGAAUUCGUCUCACCAGCGCCAGUUGCUCUGCAGGCUCCGUGGUGGAAGGUUGUGGUUGCAUGAAGGUCGAGUUGAUAGGGAUUGUACGGGUCUCCUCAAAGUGGUGCUGAAGUCAUUCUUGUUCGGGUCGGCCCGGAUGUUACGUAGCAACGGCGGCGGAAGCCACGUCAUCAUCAUCUUGCAGUCAUGAGGGUGCACAAUGUGGUGGAGUUCUUCACAUUUUUUAUUGUGGCGGCAUGUGCCCAUCCACAUUCACCACAGCAGCCGCUGAAUGCCUCGAAACAGGAACCAGAUCGAUGUGAAGUUGCACCAUUGUUGGGUCCAUGCAAGAUAAAUACAUAUAAAUGGUACUAUAACAGUAGCCUGGGCCAGUGUUUUACCUUUGUGUAUGGAGGCUGUAACAUGUCUGAUGCUGACAAUAAAUUUAGCUCAGAGCAGGAGUGUCUGCAUUACUGUGGAGGUGCAGGCUAUACAUUACCACCUUACUUGCAGCCAAGGGAGUAUGAGGAGUCAACAGGUAAACCUGAAAGUGUCACAGAGAAGCACAAAGACCACAAGACAACGUUGCAGCCUCAGAUUACAUAUGUUCCUACAGUCCCAACACCUCCACCUGUACCUCUAGACAAGAGGGGCGAAGAGCUAACAUUUGAGGAGACAGGGCAUCACAAAGUGUUCAUGUUUGCCAAGAGUAAUACAUUUAUUCAACUGGAUGGAAAUCGGAUACCAACAUUCCAACUCAGGUUGUGCCGUGAAAUAUCAUUCCAGUUUCGCACCAAGCUACCCCAUGGGUUGCUUGUUUACCACAGUGUGAAAGGUCGACCAGAGGGCUUAGAUCCAUAUGCCCUUUAUGUGAUUGUGGAGAAAGGACAGCUGAAAGUUGUUCAUGUGUUUGGGAAACACUCAACUUCUAUCACAGUAGGUGCAGGUCUGAAUCGUGACAAGUGGCACAAUGUGACUGUUACCAUUGAUGUGCACAGGGCACGACUUAUAGCGAAGGUGGAUUCUAAGCAAGCUGAGACACACAUCCUAGGUCUGCAUACAUCUACUAACUAUGGCGUCUCAACUGAUCUCCCAUCAAUCGUUCUGAUUGGGGGACUCAGUCCAGAAGAGAAACUACAUGGAGUGAAGUAUAUCAUAGAGUCAUUUGUGGGAUGCAUCAAACAGAUGGUGCUGAAAGCAGGAAAGGCAGCCUCUGAUCUGCUUCACAUCAACCCCCUAAUUGCAACAAAACAUGAGAAUGUUGUGGAGGGAUGCAUUGACAAAUGUGAUACAAAGGAGAACCUUUGCUUUGUUGGUAGCCAUUGUGUGAAUCAUUACUACAGCUUAACAUGUGACUGUUUUGGACGCAAGUAUGAAGGAGAGCAGUGUGACAUUUACACUGGCACAGUUUUGACUCUUCGUGGCUCCUCCUACAUCUCGUACCGUGUGUAUGAUUGGAAGGAUCGUGUACAUUCCAGUAUAAACCGCAUCAGCUUCUUCUUUAAGACUCGGUUUGAUGAUUCAGCUCUUUUCUAUGCCAGUGGGGAGCCAUAUCUACGCCAUUAUAUUGCAGUUUCUCUAUUGAAUGACACACUUCAUGUUGAGAUAGACUUUGGGGAUGGUGCAGUGUCCACAACAAUAGGAAAGGGUCUGCUUUCAAAUUAUUGGAACAAUUUCACAAUUGCUCACCACAAGAAUGUGAUCAGUGUUCAUCUGAACUAUGACUCAGAAGAGCUGGAACUGCCUGGCCCAAAUUACCACCUGUACAUCGAUCCAGAGAUAUACAUAGGAGGUGGACCUGAACUACACAAAAAGAAAGGUCUGAUGUCUUACAACAAUUUUGCGGGCUGUCUUAAAUAUGCGUUCUUCAAUGAUAUCUCAAUUUUGUAUGAACUGAAGAAGGGAAAUCCUAAGGUUCAUUAUAUUGGUGUACUGGAGCCAGAAAUAUACGAGACAGAUGUAGAGGUGAUCCCCAUUACAUUCCCCUUCCCAUCUUCUUACAUCUGGUGGCCCAACCAACAGGCAGAUAACUUCACGCUUAAAUUUUCCUUCAAGAGCAACCGCAGUAUGGCUGUGCUAGCAACAUCCUCUGUCAGAACUGCUACUGGCAAUGGAUAUUGGGAGGUGCGCGCAGUGAAUGAUGAGAUCCGGUUUGAGCUGGUUCCAGAUGAAGCAAAGAAUGUGACUCAUCUCACAACAGUGAAAUUCAACUACCGAUCAAGCUGGCAUGUGGUGAAUCUUAACUACACAAAGGGCAAAUUGACACUCACCGUUGAUUAUAAGUACAAGACAGCACAGCUUUUAGGCCUGAAGUUUCAGCUGGGGGACAGAGUGAUCAUUGGCAGUGGUGGCAAAUUGAAUCAAGGACUUGUGGGUUGUAUCCGAGAAGUGGAGGUGAAUGGAGAAGCCUUGGAACCACGCUAUGUAGUGAGCUCAGAUUACAAACAGGGGCAGGUGUCUCUAGAUAAUUGCCAGUUGGUGGAUCCCUGCAAGAGACCCAAUGCAUGUGAGCAUGGGGGCAAAUGCUCUGUCAAGGAUGACCGUGUCACAUGUGACUGUGAGGGCACUGGCUAUAUUGGCAAUAAUUGCCACUUUGCUGAGCACCGAAAAACAUGUGAAGAACUUGCAUUGCUUGGAUACACUAAGCCUGAUGUCUAUUUGAUUGAUAUUGAUGGUAAUGGCCGUUUUCCACCAGCACAUGUGAAAUGUGAGUUCCAGUCACUAGAGGACUCCACCAAGACAAUAGUUGAGCAUAAUCUGCCCAGCCAAGUGGAUGUGCGGAGUUCCACAGAUAAAGAUUUUAGCUUCAACAUCACUUAUCGGGAGUUCACAGCAGAGAUGAUGCAGGAGUUGAUCUCACACUCCCUGUAUUGCAGUCAGAAAAUCAAAUAUGAUUGCUACAAGGCACCACUUGAACUGCAUUCUGCCACCUGGUUUGUGUCAUCCAUGGAAUCUGACAUAGUUGACUACCUGGGAAACGUAAAGCGAGGGGCUUGUCCUUGUGCAGUGAACAAAACGUGUGUGGAUCCCACCCGCUCAUGCAAUUGUGACAUUUCUGAACCAAAAUGGCAUUCUGAUGAGGGCUACUAUGUCACCCCUGAGAGUUUGGGCAUCACACAGAUGGUAUUUCUGCAGCAGAAGGACCUGGAUGCAGAUGCACAAGGGCGUAUCACACUUGGCCCUCUUGAAUGUGUGGAAACUAACACACAGAAGUAUGUUGUUACAUUCACGUCGAGCCAGUCGUACAUUGAGGUGCCAGGGUGGAGGAAGGGAGACAUUUCCUUCAGCUUCAGAACCACUGGAGAAAAAGCAAUACUUCUUUACCAACCUCCCAUCAGGCCCAAUCAUCCAUCCUUCAUGGUGGCUUUAACAAAUGACUUCCAGUUAACUUUCAAUUUCACACUUAACACUGGACACCAACGUGUGAUGGAGAUCAAGUCAGGAAGACAGCUAAAUAGCGGGGAAUGGCAAAAGAUCUGGAUAGACUAUAAUGAGCACCAUGUUCGCUUCAUGAUUAAUACAGACUAUCAAAUGGUGGACUUGCUUCCUGAAGAAGAAUUUGGGCCAUUUGAGGGCAGCAUGUUCAUUGGAGGAGCUACAGAGGACCUCCUAGGAUCCAGCUCAGUACAGCAAGGGCUUAUUGGCUGUUUCCGUGGGCUGGUGGUGAAUGGAGAGAUCUUGGACAUCUACUCAUAUAUGAGUGUGCACUUAUCAGAGAUCAUCAAGGACUGCAAGCCAUCAUGUGACCCCAGCCCAUGCAAGAAUGGGGCAAAGUGCAAAGAACUGUGGAGUACAUUCCAGUGUGUGUGCAAGAACCCAUGGGCUCAUGUUGGCACAUAUUGUGAGACCAAUAUCAACAUUGAGGGACUGACCUUCCUGUCGAGGGAGUCCUUCCUCAAGAAGAAUUACCUGGCGCGCACGGCAGAUAAUGAAAGGCAUAUCAUGUUACAACUCCUGAGUGAGAAUAUCCUUUUAAACUUGCGUACAUACGAUCACAGCUCCUUGUUACUGUAUGCCAAUGACCAUCUCAACAACUUUGUACAACUUCACAUUCAAGAUGGGAAAUAUAUUGUGUUCACAUUCAACUCUGGCAGCAAGAUACACAAUAUUACUGUUGAGUACUCUGGAGUAAGUGAUGGACAGUCAGUUCAAGUGGCAGUGAUAAGAAAUGACAGAGAGACUGUUUUGCAUGUCAACAACCAGAAUGGUUCAAUACCGGAAACUGUACAACUCUUGACCAAUUACUCUAACAAGCCUUGGAUUAACCCUGAUAAAGAGGUGUUGGCCCCACAGAGGCCUCCAGCACCCCCAACCGAGUAUUUUCAGUUAAACUUGGGAGGUUAUGAUCCAGAUAACUUGAUAGCAGGCAGCAGUGCACCAACCUUGCAAGGCUAUGUGGGCUGUAUGCGGGGCCUGAAGAUUGGUGAUCACCUGUUUGAUCUCUCCUUGCAGGUCACCAAUGAAUCUAAGCCAGACAUGAUCGCAGGAUGCAAAAUGAAAUGUGAUGACCAGCCAUGCAAGAAUCAAGGAAUCUGCAUAGAGGACUUCCAGAAACAAGAAGUUACCUGUAACUGUGAGCGCACAUCUUUCUAUGGAGAUUUUUGUGAUGAAGAGAAGGGUGCAGAUUUUAGUGGUGAUACGAUGUUGCGACGGAAAUUUAUUCUUAAUGGGCCUGUGGACCAAAUCAAAGUGCACCUUGCUUUCUCAAGCACUGAUAUUCGGCAGAAAAACACUGGGUUGCUGUUACUGCAGACAGAAAACAAGCAGAGUUACUACCUACUCGUGGCCUUGACCAGUGAGGGAGAGCUGAUAUUUGAGGAGGAUGGAGAGGGAUCAGCAUCUGGUGCCCGUGUAUCUGAUCGGAAUUUCUUGAAUGGAGCAAGACAUUCUGUCUACUACCAAAGAGAGGGUGACAGUGCCAUGUUACUGAUUGACCGUGAACCAGUACCACUUAUGCCUAUUUCUUUCCUAAGUCGUUCUGAUGUGCCAGAAGGGGAUCAAGGAACCAAUGAGGUUCAGGUUGGAGGACUUAACACCAGUGAUCCACGCUUUGCAGUUUAUAAGAACUACAAAGGUUGCUUGUCAAACGUUUAUGUGGAAGUGAACUCAGAUGUAAUGAAACCCUUGGAAGAAUAUAUGCUGUUUACCAAGACUGGCAGUGAGAAGGUGAAUGUGACAAAUGCUUUGGGACUGAGGAGCGCACAGUGUGCUUUCUUUGAUGUGAGCCACAAACCCAAGCCGAGCCCAUCUCUCAAUAUCAGCCUGGGCACAGACAAGACUUGGAUUUUGGAUUCUCCAAUCAAAAUUCCCUAUGAAUCGUUGUGGUCUGAUGUGUCCAGCGAGGAAGAUGGACCAACAAGAGUCCUCUUCCUUGUAAUGUGUGGUAUGUUUGUGCUCAUUGUGCUAUGUUCAUUGUGUGAAGUCUAUCGAUCAUAUCGUAAGCACAAACGGAGACGAGAGGAGGAAGCAGAUGCUUCACUAAUGUGGCGCCAUGGAGGACAACCUGCUAAGUAUCAGGAGCCAUUGCUCAACUCCAGUAUCAAGAUGACAGCAUAUAAGAAUAUCCCACAACAAGAUAUCAAAUUGAAACCUUCUCUACACAGUUCAGAACAGAAGCCUAACUUAAAGAAUGACUACAGACAAAUACCAAAUCCUGCAUCAGCCAAUGGAAGACCCGAUGCAGGGAAGCCAAAUAGUGUCAACAACAAACACAGUAGUGGAGCCAACCCAGACCAGGAACUAAACUGGGAUCCAAUGGCAGAAAAGACAGAACUGCUUCAAGAUUCUCUAGAGGACAUCCCAGAGAGCGUACAUAACAGUCCUGAUGAGGAACAGGGAAGUGAACGAGAGGAUGACAAUGUUCCGAACAAGCCAGGGCAAGAACAUAUCGUUAAUGGGGUCACAACACAGGGUCAGAACAACACUUCAGCGUUAUUUCCAACAAUUCCUGAAGGUGCGUCUACUGAAAGAGAUUCAGUAACAUCAGAUCUUGAUCCAAUUUCUGUUAAACCAAGAGCUUUGGUGCCUGGGGCGACACUCUCCCCAGUUUUCUUAUCAGAAGAACAUCGUACAUUUGGGAACCCGAUAAGCUACUUGGGUGGACCACGACUGCAGUCACCCAACACAACACGUGCUAGCAAGGAGUCUGUACUUUCAAUUGAUUGAAGUGCAUCUUGUGUGGGACUGGUGUCUUUGGCCACAUGCAUUAUAUGGAAAUGUCUGCUGUUUUUGAAAGUUCGUGGUAGCUAAAGGAGCAAGUAGUGUAACCAGUUACAUGAAAGGAGCAGGAAACUUACAGGGGUGGAUACAGCAUAUCUGACAGUGGACUCAGUAGCUUUGCAGUUGAGAUACUGGCACAGGGUACAGUGUCUCCUUGUAGCUCCUGAGACUGGGCAGAAUUCACAUGAUAUAUCUUUUUACUGUUUCUCUCAGUGGUUCUUAACCUCGGAUCACGAGGAUCUACCAAAGCUUGUGGGGGAUCAUUAGAAGAACCAUAUUUUAGUGCUGAAAAGAACCCACACUUGUUAAACUCAUCUGACCCUUGGACCAUUCUAUAAUCUCUGUGGAUUUGAAACUGUGUGAUAUUGAAAGUUUAAUUGUAAUUAUUUGUAAUUAAUAUUGACUGUUAACAUUGUUAUUAAGUUAAUUAUAUUGAUCCCAAGAUUUAAAAUAAUUCAUUCACCCCUAGUGAGGGACUCCAAGGUCCAUAAAUAACAUUUCAGUCUUAUAUGUAUGUUGAAAUUAUUUCCUGGAGUAUGAAAGAUUGUGUCAUUUUUGACAGACCUAUUAACAUGUGUUUGUUUUAAUGUAAGGGCCACCCAAAUGUUAUUUUCCACUACCUAAAAGAGCUACAUGAUAGUGGUCUGCAGGUUGCAUGUUUAACAGACUGUUUUAGCUUAAGUCAGAAGAUCCUGUCAGAACAAUUUUGGUUUGGGGUAUAAAACAGCUGGGAAGAAUCGCUCUGACACUUAGGUUACUGCCUCUCAACCUAAACCUGAGGGAGAGUGGAAGGUGAAUGCAGGAAUAAUUAACUGCAAUUCAGACUGGGCUAGGGGCUCCAUACCUCCAUACCUUACCUACCUUAGUGUCAGUUUAUUAGUAUUGUCAGUCCUCACACAUAAAGACGUCCAGUUACCUCUGUUUCAUUUGAUUACAUCCGGUUUUCAGUUGUGGGAAGUCACAUGGUGGCAAACAAGAUACUGUGAUUAAAUUAAUGACUUUAGAUGAUGAAUUUCUAUUAUGGGUUAUAGUAAGGCUAGUUAAUAAUGCAAGAUUUGUUAUUAUCUCCAAGAAUUCUGUAUAAUAUUUUGAUUUCCCCCCAAAAUAGUUUAUUCCACCCUUAACUUAUUUCUGAAGAUCGUUUUUGUCUUGCUCAUUUUCAGCACAUUAAAAUUGCUACAUUUCAACAAUAUUUAUCAGCAGGACAUAUUGUCUGGUGGUGGUGGUGGUAGUAGUAGUUUGUUGUAGUAGUGGAAUGAGGCUCGAGUCCUUUAGAACCAUCCCCUGAUCGUCUUGACAGAUAAGUAAAGAUCAUGGGUGGGAAGAGUUGAAUUGUUUGGAGAAAAGAGCUACCCUAUCGCCAUUUUUAUCCACCAGAAAUCAUGCAUUAACUAAAUAUCCUGGGAUUGAACCCACGCCUCCACAGUGAGAAGCCAGUGACCAACUGCCUGAGCUAGGGACCACUGUUUACAAUAAUAAGUAGCACUAAUAAUGUUGUUCAUAAUAUUCACAGAUUUGGCAAGUAUGCAUGAAAAGGACAGUUAUUUGAUAAUAUUCUGGAUGUUAGCAAUAACGAGACAUUUCAAAAACACUUAUGAGAAAUGUAUAUGAAACAUUUAAGGUUUUGGGUGAUAUGUUCAAAUUAUCAGAUAUUUAUGUAUUGCUAUUUUCAUCCCUGUCAGUUUCUUUAUACAAAAACAUUUUGUUCGAAUGAUUCAACUGUGAAGAUAUGUAGAGCUACGUAUUUAUGAAAUGAUGCUUAGUGAAAUCAGCCAGUGUCUUUCAGAGUUCAUGUUGCAAAGUACCACAUCUGUUCUUGCAUGUGUGAGCAUAUGGUGCUCCAGAAUGCUGUGUAUGGUGACUGACAUAUCAGGCCAGGUGUUGUGUUUCAUAUACUGUUCAGUUUCUCUCAGCUGGUUUGACAGACCAUGCGGAACAAGCCAGUUGUGUUUAAGUUAACUGACAUCUGACUUAGCAGUUUUACUGCUGCUGUAUUUGUUAUGUAACAUGAACAGUGAGUGAAGUGUGUAUUAGAAUUGUAGAUAUAUCUGAACAAAUGCUUGUAGUCAGUUUUAUUUUCAUCCUUAGGUAUGAAGAUUUCCAGUUUGAAAAUUAUUUGGAUGAUCUCAAGAGUGGCGCAGAUACACUAAACUACGAUUUUUGAUAAAAUUUAAGUGGGAAGAGAAAAUAGACAACUGACCAAAGCCAAUGUGAAAUUGUAUUUAAAUGUGACAUCAGUAUGUACAGCAAGAGUUGCAUUCAUUGUUUGACAGUUCUAGUGGUUCAUUUUAUAACUGUGCCUGAUGUAUUGCCAGUUAAUCCUCUGUAUGAAAUUCAAAUCUUAAAAUAUUACUCACAUGGCUAAUUAAGAUAGCUAUGGCUGGUCUGCAGAGUGGAAGUAUAAUAAAAGUUCUGCUUGUGUACAGUUAUGAAAAUACCCUCUGGUGGUUACCCCACCACAGUGGGCUAUGCAACCCAUGAUCUGACUACUAUACAGUUAUGAACCAACCCACUAGUUGGUCACUCCAAUGUGAAGAAAAAGGUUACCCCUGUAACAGGCUGUUGGGGUCCAUAGGGUUGUGAGAUGUUGAGGCUUCCACAUUUUUUAGAUAGUCUGCUCACAGAUGGCAGUGAGGCUGUCAGCCUUGUUCACCUUUCAUCCUUUAGCACAAGGAAGAUUCCUGGUACUUAUUUCUGUUAGAGACUGAGUCAACCUGAGGACCAUAGUGUGGCUAGAAGGAUUAGGUCAAUUGAAAACUCCAAUGAUGUCAUGAGUGUAUAAGAAAAAUACAUUAUAUAUCCAAAAUAAUAAUCAUGAAUUGUUCCACCAAUGAUUAUAUAUAAAACUGUCUCCUGACAGAUCAGAGGCUAAUGAAAUGAAUAAUAUUAUGCAAUUUAUGACCAAAAUUUAGGUAAUAUGAUUUGGCAUAGCUGUAACGCUCUUUACUUAUAUUUGGCAGGUCAAGGAUAGUACCUCAACUAGGCCAUGCCUGCUUCCAAAUUCUUUCCAACUCAUCUAUCAUUCUACCAUUCAACAGGCUAGUUAUGGGCAAAAUCAUGAAAGAACCACAACAAAAAAGGCAUAUAUAAAAUGUUAAGUAGUUUUUAACGGAACUUUCAUUAUUUAUCUCUUCAAUGAAAUGGGCUAGUCAGCUUUGUCUUCAUUGUUUUACUCUUCCCAUACAUCUGCAUAAGAGGGUGAGGUUUAUGCCAAAGUGAACAGUCACGCAGGCAGCGUCUAUAAAAAUUGGCUUCAGUAAAGUGAAUGUUAUUUUAUUAAAUUAUGUAAUGUCAAAGUGCAACAUUUUCUUUCAAUGCUGUUUCUUUACAGAAUAAAUUGAAAAAAGGAAAGCAUAA